CCGUGCGUGCUUUAACAAUUAAAAAUAAAAAUAAAAUUACUACAGUAAAGCACAUCCGGUCAAACCCGACAAAAACGUUCAAGAAUCUAUCAGUCAAUAGAAAUAAAUAUAAAUUUCCCAGAAACAUGGUUGCACCGAGACUAAAGAAGAAAGUGCCAGUGCAGGUAUGAGCGGGCCAGUUGCGCCCGCUCGCCAUCGGUCACUAUAGGAAGAGCUUUCAUUGCUCGGUGGAAAAACGUAGUUUAGCCAACGACGCGCUGGGGGAAGAGGAAAGGGAGUGGAAGUCAAGAUGAGCAUCUCCCAGGACAGUGUAUCUACGGUCGUCUGCCGGGAGGUUUUCGACGAGAACUCCCAGCCGUCCGAGAAAGAGGUAUUGGAGCACGCCCGCAAGCUAGGCAUCGACCCAGACAACGAGCCCCAACUCCUAGAGCUGGCUCGCGAGGGUCUUAUGGCUGCAUUGCCAAAGGGCUGGAUCCCAGUCUACGAUGAAAAUACGAACACGCACUACUACUACCAACGCAAGACCAACACCACCACUUGGGAGCACCCGAUUGAUGCGGUUUACCGUGACUUGAUUGCCCAGGCACGCGCCACUGCCAAUCCAACUAAUCCAAUAGCCAUCGCAGUGGCAUCCUCAUCAUCCUCGUCGUCGAGCAGUAACCGACGUCGGGCGAGCGUCGGCGAAGACUUGCCAUCGGAAGCCGAAGCUGUCAGAGGCACAAAAACACUAUCACUGACAGCAGUGGCAACAGCAGCAGUAGCGGCAAGUCGUUGGGACUUGCCCAGGCCAGCGACGGCCGGUUUGCCACCACCAGUUCCUCAGCAGUUAAAAUCACCGUCCACGCGAAUACCAAAAAAACUGGCCCCACUGAAGAGGCAUCGAAGCGAGAGCUCGUCCGGUUUUCCCAGGCGCUCGGAAUCGUCCCUCGAUCGGUUGACCCGAGCUUGGAAAAGCGGUGACUCUGAGGUGGAGUCGAUCAGCACAAAGUCGUCACUGUCCAGUGAUCGUGUGGCCAGAGACUAUACGAAUCUGAGGUUUCAGGAUCCUGAAUUUUACGAGAGUCCUAGGGUUAUCGAAACCGCAAAGAAAAAACUGGACCUACGGGACGUCUUAAGACGCUCGGAAUCUCUAAGUCCACGCCACGAAAAAGACUGGAAACAGCUGAACAGUCGUUUCAGCUCCGAGGAGAACAUCAUCGACAUCGACCACCUUAGCGCGACAUCUUUGGGGACCAAGCCACGCACACCUGAUACUUCGCUCAGCAAAGCGGCCGCAGAUGUCCCAAGUUCAGUUGGACAAAAACCUCAACUGCAAGAACAGCAACAAUGCAACCAACAACAACCCAAAGAGCUGAUACUCAGCGGUGGUGGCUCGAUUUUCCUCAAAAGUAACAGAAGUCGCGACACGACGCCAUGUCACGACGAAGUAAAAACGUUUCCGGAUCAACAACAGCCCGGCACCAGUGGCUUAAGUGUGCCGAGUGGCAGUAAUGAGGAUAUGAACGCUUCUUGUGGAUCUGACAGGCUGAAGUCUAUUUUGAGGGAUAAAAUCAGCGAAGAUGGUAAGUUGACAGAUGACAGACACAUGGACGAGGAGCGCAAGAGCGUUCGGUUCGAUCUGCAAAAGGUGGCCAUCCUUAACUCAUCGGUAACAAAAUUUAACGAUAGUGAAUCCGAAAAAGAAGAUACCGAUGAGGACAGUGAGCCCGAUGAGCGAGUCGAUCGGUUGUCCACGGCCUUGGCCGAAAAACGAGCAGCAGCAGUUUUGUCCCUUCAGAAGGUGCUCAAUCGCCAGAGUACUGACUCCGAGGGCAGUGGUUCCUUUGGCAAGAAAGCGGAGAUCGAGUCCAAAUCGUCGAAAGUCGUAGCGAGACGUUUUGUCGUGGAAAAUGUCACGGAAAAAGAACAUCAGCUGCAACAGCAAAGAAACAAAUCCGCGGACACAGAUGAUGAGUGUGCAAACGGCAAAUUCGAAAACAUCAAACACAUCGAUCUGGUGUCCAAGAGCGACUCGGAGAGGAAUACUCUAAGAAGUAGUGGUGACUCGAGGUCAAAUUUUUUGGAUGAGCUGAGGAAGAGCAAGGAUAUCAUGCUGGAGAACAUGAAGAAAUCCGAGAUCAGGGCCAAGAUAAAGGAAGAAGAGGAGAGUAGGUCAGGCACAUGGUCGAGUAAGAUCUUGAAGAGCCUAGAGUUGUCGAAAGAGGGCAAAUGUCCGGCAAACUCGGCUCUGAUGCUGGAAGUGGUGAAGACCAAUUUGAUUAAGGUGCACGAACAGGAUAUGAAGAUGUUCAAACAGGAACUCGAAGACAAGUUGGAGGAAACAAAGAGGUACCUGGAGUCUGAGUUUAACGACCAGAAGUUGUCGUUGGAGGCCAGUUUGCAGGAAAGGCUAAGUGAAUUAAAGAAAGAGAUGGCUGACAAGGAGGAGAAAGAAAUCCAAAAGCUCGUGGCUGAUAUGGACGUAAUACGAGCUGAGAACCUGAAGAAGGUUAGAAGCGAAUUGGAGAUAUGUUACGAGAAAGAAAGGCAGGACAUAUUGGCAAACCUCAAGAUCGAACUGGAUCAGAGGAAGCGCGAACUGUUGGAGCUGAGGUCGCAGGAGAUAUCAAAGCUGGAAAGCGAACACGAAAAAGGACUUGACGAUGAGAGGCACGUAAAACUGGGUGAAAUUGAAGUUACGAAACAACAUGGCGAAAAGAUAGAGAAUCUGAAGAAGGAGUUAGACAAAGAUUUUAAUAAUGUAAGGGCGGAUCUGAGAAAUCAGCAGAGGGAGAAGAUCAUGAAGAUCAAGGACGACCAUGAGAAGUGUCUUGCUGACAUUUUAAGGGAUUUCAAAACAGACGAAGCUAUAACGCGGAAAAUGUACAAACAGAGGCUUGACGAGAUACGUGCCGAUCAUGCAAAGGACAUCGAAAACGAGAUAAAAAAACUAAAUGACUCAGCAAAUCGUCAAGAAAAUGGAGAUAGUGACAAAUUGCGUUACGAAAAACGAUUGGUUGAAGAUAAGUAUAACAUAUUGAAAGAAAAGUAUCUGAAGUUGAAAAAAGACAUGCGAGCGGCUAUAGAGAAAAGGAAUCGACGUAAGGAAUUGGCCAAUGCAACGGCUUCAGAGACUGAGAUGUCAACCUCGACAAGGACGAGAACUGAUCGGACCGAGUCAUCGGACCAAAAAUCGCCGCUAACGAAGACAAAUUCGAUCUCGAACUCCAAGUCCAAGGAGAUUCCCGGCCAAAAUCCCGAUGUGCUGAGAGACCAACCGCGUCAGCAGCAAUCAGCAGCACAGCAACGCGUCAUCGUCAAGUCGUCAAUUGCCCCGAUGACCAAUCAAGUCUCGACGCCAACGUCACCUACGAUACCAGACAUGGUGCAACAGGCACCCAAGUCCCAAAAAUUCGAGUCCGAUGAUACGACGACGUGCAGCGAAGCGACCUCAAAUCUGCUGAUGAACAAGCGCAAAAGGGUUUUCACGAAAAAGCAGCCGAACGCUGGUGCUAACAAGAUGAACAACAACACUCUGGCUGACAACCCCGUGGAGAACAUCAGGAAGCAGCUUGAGAAGCUUGAGGAUCUCGGGGAUCAGCUGCCCAGCAACGAUACAGCCUAUACCGUCAGAUAUCCAUUCCAGGACAAGUCACCAACCAACGUGUCAUCUGAGCUCGAGUUUUUCAAGCACCGUAUCCACCUCGAGCGCGAUUUUGUGAAAAGGGCUCGAGAGGCACUGCGCCAGCAGAGAAGUGCUUUCCAGAGCAGACAAAGGGCGUGGAAGCAACGUAGCUCCAGAGCGACCCUCGAUCAGAUAGUCAAGGAGGAACGCGAGCUGUCGGACAUGGAGGUGAGUUUGCACCGGACGCGCAGCCUCCUGGGCGAGAAGGUGAUUCAUUUGCGUCAUUUGGAACAAUCACUCGAGAGGGUGGCCAACGCCAGACGAAGCGAGAACGAAGUCAACGCCGCGGCAAUUGGUGGUGGCGCCAACAAGAGCGACGAGCUCACUCUGAGCGACAUGUCGAGCGCCAGCAGCGGGUUCAGCUCCACGGACCUUGGCACUGACAUCAUCGAAGAUUGUUUGUGUGCUCUUGGUCAUAAAGAAACGACGGAAAAAAUAGCGGCAAGUCUGGAGAGCCUUAACUCGGAAAUACGCGAGAUUUGGGGUGUGUUGAAUAAACGCCAGGAGAGCGGAGUGAUGGCCUCGAUGCCACCCCUGCCACCGGCGGCCCUCAUGUACACGGACCUGUCCUGGUACCCUUACCAGCAUCAAUUAACCAGCCAGCCAUCAGCCGGUGCUGCAGCUUUUGGCACUCCAAACAUCCAGUCAAACAUCUUGUCACAGUUAACAGGCUCCCACCCACCAUCCGGUACGACCCAGAACAUAAUAGCCCAAUACGGGCCAACGAGCGGCUACACAACAAGCGUCGGUACAGUAGAACAGAUGCCGGCCGGUUCGGGCAAUCUCAUUGAGCGCACUCGCAAUUUGAAAGACUGGCUGCGCCAGGCACGUAUCGAGACCUCGGACCUCGUCAGUCCUGGACAGGCUACGCUCUAAGCGUACUCGUAUGCUCAUUAAUUUACUAAUGCACAUUGAUUUGCAUAGUUUAUUGGAAUCACGAGGACUAGCGAUUUAUAGGUUAUGGGUUACCUCUCGUAGAUAAAUAGUUGGGAUUGAAGUCAGACUGUAAAUUUUUUUGAACCUGGGCCUAAAGUGUAUACUUGAACUAGUGCAAUCAUUUCAGAUCUAGUCCUAUGAAUGUAACUCUAUGUAUGUAAAUAAGGGAGAUAUUGAAUUGUAAGUUAAUGAGAUUAUCAGGAUAACGAAACUACUGAAAAAUCUAUUCAAUCAUUAUGCGCAUUACUGUGAAGCUGGAUGUUAAAAAAAAACAACAAUUUUAAAAAGCAUUAGGAGUGAUGUAUAGUUAUAAUGUUGAUGGAUUUUAUCCACUGAUUUUAAAGGCUUUUAAAAAAACAUUAGUUUUUACUAAUAGAAUUUCUAGUUAGUGUUGACAUUCAUAAUUGCGAAGAAAAACGAGAAAAACCU